AUGGACUCGGAUCUGAGUAAAACCUUUGGGUCCGUGCGAUCAGCGCACGCAUACGAUCAACGUGUCAGCAGCACCCGCCAGGCAUCCUCCUCGUUCGUCAACAUAAAUCAGAAGCGCUCGUGGCGUCCCCCAUCGUCGCUGUUCCAGCCCAUUCUGGACUACAUGAACUGCGCCCCAUUUGCGCUGGCGGCCGCCAAUCCGUUUCUGCGCCUCUUCGUCGAGCGCAACGUGGAGGGCGGCGGCUUUUCCAUGCGCGACUAUCAGGUCACUCCGACCCUGCUGGGGCAGAACAGAUGUGGGUGCGACGUCGCCGGCGGGGCAGACGCACUCACUCAAGAAGGCAUCACCCCCAUGGUGAAUGGGGGUUUGUUUGGAGACUGUCACGCGCUCGGCUACCGCGCGGCCGCUGCAUACAGCGGUGCCUGUCUGGGCACGAGCGGCUUGGUCGUGGAGGAGGACGGUGUUAUGGAAGCCUGGUGCGGUAAGACAUGUGAUGACGAGAACUUCCGUGACGGCGGCACCGGCCCACGAUCCGGUGCGAGCGCGAGCGUGCCGCGUAUAAUUCCACUCUACAUCAGUGGCGUCGACGCACCGCAAGGUCUGAGCCCGCUGUCGAAUCACUGCUACCCGUCUGUCGGCGUGAACCGCGUUGCUCCGUCCACGGCGCAGGCCGCCAGCCUCUCACUUAAGUCGAGCUCUGCCGCUCCGGCUGGCAUGCGGGACCGCAUGUGUCUUUGGGAGUGCGGACAGAGCGCUGCGCUCGAGAUUUCCCUCUGCGUGUGCAUCACCUGCAAGUCUGACGCGGCCCUUCAUAAUCUCACCCUGGGCGCGUGGUGGCUUUCACGCUACUACGGCGUCUCGCUGCGACUUCACCACCUGCACCCGGCGCAACUGGCGGCCUUCAAAGCUGCGCAACGCGCCCUCUCCCCGAAAGAAAUUCAGCUGGAGCACUGCGUCAUCUCCGAGGACAUGCUGCAGUGUAUAUCGACGUGCUCCGACCUCUUGUCCCUUACCAUCAUCUCCUGCUCGGCGUCGCAGCAGAUGACGCUGCGGUGCAUCGAUUCCAUUUUGCGCAAGGGAAACGAGCUGCGACCGGUUGGCUUCUCUGAUGCACACAGUGCCCCGUUGGACGGUGACGCGAGUGGAGGAAAAGGCACACACGCCAUGCGCCAGGUUUUCGGCAUGUCACGCAAUACUAAUGGGUGCCUUAAAAACGACACGCCAGCCGAACCCGACCGUGAAGUGACGAACUGGUACCUCUCCGGUGUCCGCUCUCUUGGUUCGUUGAAGCAGCUGCGCUGCUUGCACAUUCUUCACACCCCGCUGCACGAGACCUUUCUGCAGGCACUCAACACGUGCUCUUCUCUGGAGUGCAUCAUACUGCAUCGCUGCCGCGGCGUCCGCUCUCUGGAACCGUUGCGGCGGCUGGAGCAUCUCCAGUCGCUGAGCCUUCAUGGCCUCUCCGUCACGGACACGGACCUCCUGUCGCUCGCCGGCUGCACGCAUCUGCGGCAGCUGGUGCUGGACGAGUGCCGGCAGAUCACAGACCUCAGCUUCCUUGCAAAUCUUCGCGGCACGCUAGAGCGCCUCUUGAUGCCGCGGACGCUGCUGUCCAAUGUCAACAUGCAGCACAUUGGGCUGUGCGACAAGCUUGUCGAGCUGCACCUGCAAUCGCUUCGUCAGCUCACGGACAUUGGCAUGUUGAAGGACCUGACAGCACUUCGUGUGCUGAACCUGAGCGACAACCUCGUAACUGACGAGGGCUGUAGUGCGCUACACUGCUUGCCAAGCUUGCAGCGGCUGAACCUGGCAUCCUGUCGCUGCAUUACGUCUCUCGCCGCGGCUUUCACCGCGUCGGGGCGCUGGAUGCAUCGCCUUUUGUCGCUGGACUUGUCGCACACAAACAUCACCGACGUUGGUGUGCAGUUUGUGCAAGAGUGCACUGAUUUGCGAUACCUGAACCUGUAUGGUUGCCGUGAGCUGAGGCUGCUGCCUUGGCUGCAGAAAAUGAUCUCGCUUCGGUGGCUGAACCUUGGUGGAACUCGCGUCACGAACGAGGAGACAAAGCACUACCUGCCGUGCGCGCGCAACCUGCGCUUCUUAAGCCUGAGCGGCUGCUCUAGUGUGCGCUUGCUAUCCUUUGCCGUCAAGCUGCAUCACCUGGAGUACUUAAACCUCGAGUCGACAAGUGUAGCGGACAGUGAGCUCUCGUGCCUGUGCCACUGUCGCAAGUUGCGCUACCUAUCCCUGGAGUCUUGUGUCGACAUCCGAGACGUGUCGCCGCUGUGCGCACUGCCGGCGCUCUUGGAACUCAACAUUUCGCUGACGGCUGUAGGUGCCUCGGCUGGCGGUGCGCUGAGCACAACGUCUGGCGGCAGCGAUGGCCGGAGCACUCCGCACGGGUCGUCCACAAUUAUUUCAUCGACAUCGAGCGCUCUGUCGGCAAGGUCCACGUCGCCACUGUCCUCGAUUAGCUCUGCGUCACCUGUGUCACCGAACAUCGGUGCUAACCGCUUCCCUGUCGUGCAGGUGCUGCACUUGAACGGCUGCAGUCGAAUGACGCGACUCGAGGACCUGUCGAGGUGCUAUCCGCAACUGCGCGUGCUUUACGCUGAUCGCAUCUCUGUAAUGCCACCACGUGGUGUUGGCAUCGGCUUCACUAGGAUGGAUGAGCGCCGGCGCCUUGGCACGACGCCGCGACAUCGGGGACUGCUGCAACACACGCGCAGCGUGAGCGUGAGCACUGACGAGCCGCAUAGCGAGGGUCCACCAGGUGCCAACAAGUCGGCGGCGCACAUUCAUCAAGUUCAGCAGCAGUACCUGCCGCAACCACCGGCUGUACCGCGACCUCGCACUCCGCACGCAGUGACCUCCUGCCACCAUUCCUAUCCCCGGGUGAGUUCGUGUGGAAACGAGCCGCGGGCAAAGAGCCGAGCAGUGUCCCUGCGCUUUCCAGGCGAGGCGGCUCGCGUACUGCGGCUAGUGCUCCGACGCAGCUCGGUAACCGACGUGAUGCUGGAACAGCUGUGUGCCACGUUUGCCUGCGUCUCCUGUCUUGACCUGACAAGGUGCACGGAGGUGCACUACCUCUCAGGCUUGGAGAACCUGUAUGCGCUGAGGGAGUUGACGCUGACACAGUCGUCCGUCGACAACGAUGGUGUGCGUGUCGUUAGCGCUUGCGAGACACUCGAAGUGCUGCGCCUCACCGAGUGUCGCGGUGUUACGGACGUAAAUUGUCUCGGCGGCCUGCGCAAGUUGCACGUGUUGUGUGUGGCGCGGACUCAGUUGACCAACCAAGGGCUCGAGGGCAUUGGACACUGCCUCGCGCUGCAGUACUUAAAUUGUGCCGAGUGUCGUUACUUGUCUGAUGUCAACGCGCUCAGCUCUCUGAAGCACCUGAUCGAGCUUCAUCUCGAGCGCACCGACGUUGUCGACGCUGGAAUUCGUGGAGUGAUGCGAUGCUCGGCGCUGCAGCGCGUCUACUUCACACGGUGCCAGCGGCUCACCACCAUGGGCGAUGUUAGAGCGCUCUGGCCACAGCUGGAGGUCCUUGACGUUUACGGCACAUCGAUCCCGACGCGCGUAGCUGGUCAAGGGCAGCAGUUUGCCUGCGCUGUCAUGUAG